AUGUCAUUUAUUGAUAUCGAAUCUCAAAAGGUCACAGGUGACAGGCCUGAUGAACGUAUCUCCAAUGGUGAUAUUGAAGCACAAACGAAUAAUUCUCAGGUAGUAGAGCUGGUAAACAUGAUUAAACUUCUGAAAAGAGAAGUAAAUAAAAUUGGUUCACCAAAUGACAAUAUUCAGGUGAGGAAUAAGAUAGAUCAACACUUAAUUCCUGAACUUCACAAGAAGAAAGAAUUUAUUGCGAAGCUAUUGGAAAAUUCAAUAGGUAAUGGAAAUGGCGAAUACUCAUCCGUCGACGCUAACUAUCGAACAAUAAAACUAUAUCGUGAACAGAUAUCAAGUGACUUAGAAGGCUUACUUAAACAGUUCGAGAUGUUAAAGUUGAAAAACCCAUUAAAGACCAACACAAAUGUAAACGUUAAACACAGUUUGAAUAUUUAUAACAAUGCUGGAGAUAAUGAUCCCAAUAAUCUGGCAACUUUGGCAACCGAACAAAUCCCAGAUUUACAACAACAAGAACAGAAACAAGUAAGCUUGUUAGCACAAUCAGAAAGACAACUCUUAUUAAACGAAGAUGAAUUGAGUUAUCAAUCAAUUAUACAGCAGGAAAGAGGUGAAGAAAUCAAUAAAAUAAGGAACAAAGUUGGUGAAGUUAAUACUAUAUUUAAACAACUAAGUGAACUAGUGACAGAACAAUCUGAUCAAAUUGACUCAAUUGAUAACAACAUUAAUUCAUUAUCGGAUAACUUGCAGGUAAGUAAUAAAGCAUUGAACAAGGCUGAAGAAUCACAAAGAAAGAAAAAUAGAUGUGGAUUUGUGGUUUUAGUCGUGCUCCUAAUCAUAUCAUCAAUUAUUCUACUUGCAAUGUUAUAA